AUUUUUCACGAGAUCAAUCAACUAUAUUAUUUUUAUGGAAAUAGAUAUUUUACGUCAGUAUAUAUAAUGUUCGCUUGUAUAUCGGCAAUAUCGCCCAUCGUUUAUACAAAUACGGCGUGUUAUUUAGCUUCAAUCUUUGGCUUUUGAAACGAUUUAAUAAAGGAGCUUUCGAAGUAGUGGAAAAGCACCAAAACAAACAAUUUGAUCGUUAUUCUGUUUGAGCAAAUAAACGUCGAUUCUUCUGGAUAUGUCAGAGGGUUUAGUGCUAUUCCAUAAAUUCCUGGUUUUAAUUUUGAUAACAAUUUACGCUGAAGGUAAGGUAUAACUUAACGAUGUAACGAGAGUAUUUGUGUCACUAAUCUAUUAGUGUUUCAAAUAGAAUGUGAUUUAUAAGUCUGACUCUAUUUCACCAAUUUUUUCACUUUUAUUUUUGCUACUUUCGGGCAUAAAUUUGUAACAUGAUUCAUUCGUGAAUGUACAUUUAAUUCUAAAUCAGUAUUUGUCCGCCAAUUGCUUGUCAAUGUACGCCCAAUACAUAAAUUUCUAUCUGCACCUGUCAAUUUAUAUGCUUUCUGAUUGUAUUUGAGUGUCACCACAUUUUUUAUGGCUUUUGUACUGUGCGAUUGAAACGUAAUAUAAAAUUUUGACACCGUAAAAUAUGUGUCCUUGAUUUAAUUUAGCGUGUCAGCAUUACCCCCAUUUUCGUAUUUUUGUAAUGACAAUUAAAAGUGAUUUUCAGGAAGGCUAGUUAUAUUAAAGAUUGGAUAUAUAUAUAUAUAUAUAAAUCGAAAUUUGUCAGCCUCUUAAAUAUAUACGAAUCGAAAUUUAUCAGCCUCUUGAUGAUUCCUCUUGAAUGAAACAGGCUCUUGUGGCAACCAACAACUAUUUAUAUAUACAUAUAUGAAAUUUUGUAAGUUUAUUUGAAUGGCUCAGCAAAUGUAUAGGACAGACUUUGACCCAUCAAAAAUGUCAACAAGAAAUGUGUUGUGUUUUGUUGCUAACAGGUUAUAUAGUUUGUUUGUGUUUUUUUUUAAUCAGUUGGGUAGACGUUUCAACACAUUGAAGAUGGGAAUUUAAACUCUGUUCACAAGAAUCUGCGCAAAUUUGGGACUUACACAAAUUUAUCCAUUCCAUUUGUCUGCAUGGGAAAUUGUGCUACGAGCAGUGCUUAAACUUGCCCGGUUUCAUGCAUCAUGAAUAUAUAUAUGUACAGUAUACUUAUAGGUAAAAUUUGAAUACAGCUCCGAAUUCAUUCGGUCCUAAUACAACAGAGCCAUAGGUUGCCGACAUACUUUUAUCUAUCUGUUGUUUUCAUUUGUGGGAAGUAAGUGCUAUCAUGCAUUUUUAACAAGCUUUCAUUGACAGGGAUGCUACUGCCUGAAAAAUACAAGGGAAAAUUUGAUGUUUUGACUUGAGCAAAGACCAUUUGUCGGGACGUUUUUGUCUGGCGCUUUGUCAGGAAGUUUUUGGCAAAUUUUGGUCUGCCUCAUAAUUUUUUUCCACUAUGCUGAGAUUGGUUUGCAUGACUGCGGAAUGCAGCAUGUUAAUCUGUUUAACACCAGAGAGAAUGUUGCAAACUUAAGGGAUGUUUUUUGCAUACGAUGACUGUGUUGACAAAAAUGUCUUUUGCCCGUAUUUUAUUGUGUGUAGAAUCACCACAUGUGUAUGCCCAGACCAACAAUUUUAGUUUUGUGAUGUUAACACAACUUUAAUUAGUUUUACACAUUAAAGAGUAAUUCCUUCAGUAUUAACAGAUAAAUUUUGAUAUUUUUCAUUGUAGCACUAAAUCCUGAUCCCUGGGAAACUUAUGAUGGUCGAAAUUGUCAUUGGGAUCGUGUCCGUCGAGGUAGAAUAAAUUUCAGUGGGGAAUCAGUCAUAAUUUAUGUAGGGACUUUUAUUCCUGUUUAAAACAAGCAUGAAACCCCUUAUUUUUUUUACCAAUAUCUGUAAAAUUUAGGUCUAUAAAUUCUAUUCAAUUCCCUCUGGAAGCUACUUAAUAACUCUACAUUCUAUCAUUUAAAAUCUUUCAUUGCCCUGCCAAUCCAGAUGAUUUGCCCUGCCAAUCCAGAUGAUUUGUACUUUGGGGGGGGGGUGCCCCAUCCCCCCCCCCCACCCUCAAGUUUCGCCCCUGCUAAUACUACAUGACCUUAUUCCAUGUCAUUUCCUCACAGUCUGAACAUUGUCCAUUUUGAAAGGGGCAGUUUUCAGAUGACUGCUAGGGGAUAAAAUUCUGCACUAUUGUGUUAAUGUUCUAGUGCUCAUUUUGUUUUGCUUAACCCGUUAAGUUGCAUUGCAUCCUAAUGCAUCCCACUUUAUUUACCCAUUAAGUGCCAGCAAUCUCCCCCGUGAAGAGUAAAAUCGCCUGGUGUUAGACAGAGUAAAAUAAUAAAGUAGGGCGCAUCAGGACGCAAUACGACUCAAUGAGUUAAAUUGUCUCAAGGUGAUUUUACUUCUCAAGGGGUGCACUGGCAUCUACGGGCUUCAGUGUCGCAAUUGUCUUUCACCUCUGAGAAUGUGGAUUUGUUUCUUGCUACGGGCCCAUGUGAAAAGAGUCAGUCAAUGCUCUGCCGAAAGUUGUGGGUUUUCUCCGGUUUUCUCCCACAGGGAAAGUUGACAGGGUGGGUUUGAAUAAAUUAAGGAAGUAAUAUCACAAUUGUUGUAAAGUCUACAUGGCUAAAAACGAUCAGGUUGUUGCAAUAUUGAUGUAAACAGGAUUGAACAAUGUUGUGCUGCCCACAUUGAACAAUAUUGUUACACCCAAUUCAGGCUCAACAGUAUUGUUCAAUAUUGGCGUGUACACGGCAAAAAACGCCGAGCCCGUUGCUCAACAGGACUGAACAAUGUUUUGCUGCCCACGUUGUUCACACUUGUCAACAAUAUCGAACAAUGUUGUCGAGCCUGAAUCGGGUGUAACAAUAUUGUUCAAUAUUGUUGACAGCUAUGAACAAUGUAGGCAGCAAAACAUUGUUCAAUCCUGUUUUCAUCAGUAUUGCAUCAACCUGAGCAUUUUUUGCCAUGUAUGGCUAAGUAGGUAAUAACCGAAAAGCCCUGUUGGGGAGUGAGCUGACUAACAUAUGUAGGUAAUGGUUCAUUCUAUUUUAUUUUGCAUUUUUAGGUCCAGCAAGUUAUGAUUUGAUCAGUUCAAAUUCCAACUCAGCUCGGUCAUAUGCUUCAAUUACUACAACUUAUCGUGUAUCUGACCAAGUGCCCGGAGACUUCUGCGUCCAAUUUAUGGUUCAACCUUCUCGGUAUUUAAAUUUAAUCUUAGUCAUUAUAAAUUCUGAGGUGCGUAAUCCUGUUGACACUUUGCCAAGCGGAAUAUCACAAACAUGUGUAGACCAUGAUAGCUUUGAUGAUAUAAAGGUACAGUAAAAUAGGUUACAGAAACAUGGUUAUACUAUUAUUAUUAUUGUUGUUGUUGUUGUUGUUGUUAUUGUUGUUGUUGUUAUUUAAGCUUAUUUACUAGAGCUGUGCGGUUAACUAAAAAAUUUGGUUCUUCCGGUACUUUUUUCAGCACCGAAAAACUAUACGCAAAAAACUGGUAGUUUCGGGUUUUAAUUUCCCGUUUAAUGCCCACCUGAUUGCAGGUUGAAAUGUUUGGAAAAUAACAAGAUUGUGCACAACAAUCGCACUGUACUAUUAGUGCUCAAAUAGUUGAUAUUUUAGUUGUGAUAGUUAUUUUUGUGAACUUGCUUUAAAUUUUUUUAAAAACUAAGAAAUAUUACAUCUUCAUAAAUAAAUUCCAAUUGUUCUUUUAAAAUAUUCAGAGAUUUAUACAAACUUACAAAGGCAUAAAUUCAUAUAUUUAGUAAAAAUGCUUGAAACAUAUAAUGAUAAAUGAGUUCAUACAUUUGUACUGUUCUUCUUUUUUGAAAAUAACCGAAACCGAAGCAAGCCGAGGUUGAAACCGGAACCGAGAUAACAUUUUUGGAACCGCACAGCUGUAUUAUUUACUCACCUAACCUUUCAGGUGUCUGUUUUUUAUCACACCUGGUAAGGUGUGAUGAAAAUGUACCAUGUUUUACCUGGUGUACUAUGCAUACUUUAUUACACCAGGUAAGGCCAAUAAUAAAAUAAUCAUGAGUUCUGGCAUUUUUUGGUUAGCCACAGCCGGAGUUACGGUGCUUUUACCCAGCUGUGGCUGGGAAGUCAGAAUGACAUAGAUCGCGAGCAGUCCCUCGGGAGGAACGAGAGACUGCCGACAGCACAUCAAGAAACAAAAUAUGCCUACUUUUCGCCCUUGUCAAGUUGGCUCCGCCUUUGCAUAAACAUUAAUUAUAUCCAAUUAAAUAUAUCGAAUAGGAACCGUUAAUGUCGUGUUUAUUUAUAAAAUCAACAUCCAGUCUGGAAAUUAUUUAUAGCAUAAUUACUACGUAUCAGAUUUGAUUGACAGGCGUAUCGAUUUCGACCAAUGGAAAUUUUGGUUGUGCGGGCAACGAGUAUUUCAUUUCUGGAUGUGUUGUCUGCAGUUCUUCCUUUCCUUUCGCAUGCCCGGAAUCUAAACCCACGGAAAGGAGGGACCACUCGCAGUCUAGAAUGACAAGAAAUGUGACAAUUUCGAAGAACUAUUGUUGAAUGUUGGUUACAAGUAUUGGCAACAUUGAAUCUGUUGAAAGUACAUAUAAUCUGAAGUCGUAUCUGCUGUGUCAAACCAUUUUGGCUACUGCAAACGGCCAAAUUGCAAUAAGUCAUUAUGUCUGUGAUCUACCCGGUAUCUAAAUAUCACAGGAAAAAUUGUAACCAUCACAUCAUCUUACCUUGGGGACAAAAUCUCGAGGCAAAUAAUAUCAGCCAUUAUCCGGUCAAUUUGUCACUUGAGUUGUGGCGACCUUUACUGUCCUGUAUUGAGUAUUUAAUUAUUACAUUUACAGUACUGUAUUGUUUUUCUUUUAGGUUUCAUUUAAUGUCACAUGUAGUCAAUUUCCUCAUAUUGGAAUUACAAUCUAUGAUGCUAAAAUAGGAAAACCAUCGACAACUACACCUUUUCCCACAAUGAAUGGUAUGUUAAUUAUUUGUAUUAAAAAUUAAAUUACACAACAAUGUUGACUCUGAACAGCUGAACAGAUUGCAUAUAAGAAAAUCAUAAUAAAAUAAAAAUCAAUUCUCAAUGAAAAAUAAUACUAAGUAAACACAAAAAAAACCCCACAGAAACAUGGGGAAGUCACUUAUAUAAUACUGUACUAUGUAUAUAGUAUAUACUACGUAGCCAAAGUGUAAUAGAGAUUAGAGAGGUUCAGAUACCUCUCACUGGCUUAGUACGCAUUUGAUUGGUUAAUCGGAUAUAUCAAACGCGUUUGAUUGGUUAAUAGUCCAUUAAUAGUAGCGGUAGUGGUAUUGGAAGUCAAAUCUGAACCUCUCGAAUAAUUUUGAAAGCGCAGUUGUUUGGAGUAUGUUUUGUAUUAUUUUACAAGAUUUUUUCACAUGUUUAUGAUGUUGUGUCUGAAUGUGAUCACACUGGGCAAGCUGAAAAGUUUCCUUGACCACGUUGGGAAUCGAACUCGCGAGCUUUGGUUUGCUAGUACAUCAAAAAUUCAAGAUUGUAAAAACACUGAUAACGAAGGAACUAGACUGACUCCCGAAAUAUCACUCACUCGAACCGACAUUUCAGGGCUUCAAAUUUAAAAAAUAGUAAUGUACCCCCGUAGUAUUGCACCCCCUCUUGAAAACCACCACUCCCUCUAGCAAAUCCAGAUCCGCACCUGAACAUAUAUCUUCACCAGAAACAAAACAAAAUCAAGAAUAUUAUAUUUUAUUUUAGGUGAACCAACCAACGAUGUUGGUGACAUCCAGUAUGUUGGUGUUGUGGUGGGUGCUAUAUGUAUAGCAUUGUUCACAUUGUUCAGUUGUCUCACUAUAAUCUCUGCAAGACGAAGUAACCAUCGAGAUACAACACGUAGAACUUUACCCAGUGCCAGUUGCCAAGAAGAGGAUGACAGACCUGACGUCGUUGCGGAUAAUGCACCCCCCUCGUAUGAUGCAGGUACAAGCACCGGGAGGGGAGGGGGGCAGUUGUGUAUGAUGGCCCGAUUGUUCAAAGAACGAUUGGCGCCAACUGUGGGUUAAAUUUAACGCAUUGCUUUGGUUUAUGUAUAUCUAUACUGUACGUCUGUUUAUUUCAAAACUUUAGAAAAUGAAACUUCAGACAUGAUUUCAGACAUGAUUUCUGAACAAAUAUUUUCAAAUUUAUAAACAAGUGUAUGCUUUGAAAAGUUUGAAUUUCAUGCUACCCCAGGAUUAAGAUAACCGGCUUUUGAACAACCACCCGCGGAUGGGUUUUUCUUCAAACUUCUAACAUUACAGUUUAGAUUAAAGUUUAGUAAUUUUAAAUUAAAGAGUAUUUAAUAUUUAUUCUGAGGUCCAUAUCUGUAGUUUCAGAUAGGCAUUUGAGUGCCAGCGCUCUUGUCUUGACGAAUGAAAUUGUCUGGCGUUAGACAGAGUAAAAUAACAAAGCAGGGCGCAUUAGAGUGCAAUGCAACUGAACGUGUUAAUUUUAUUGGAAUUAGCGUUACUUUUACUACCAACUGUUCAAAAUGGUUCAAAAUAUCGCUAACAACAAUAACACAGCUAAUGCCUCUGCUAACAUAAGCUGUUCUCUCUCGUUUUAGUGAUGGCUUGUCCAGACUUGUAUCCACCAACACCCCAAGAUAGCCCUCAUGCUACCCCAGAGACCACACCACACCUCUCGCUACACAGACGAGCAUUGUUGAACCAACACAUGGGCUCUUUACCAGGUUCUGGCUCGGCCUCACCCCAACUGCAUCGUCAAUCAUUCACACAUUCUAUAGCCAGUGAUGACCUGGACGAAAUACCCGAGUACCCCCCUCCCCCUUACCCUGGCUUAGCCAAUGGGGAUGUCUCGACGUCUAUCCCAGAAAACACUACGGAUAAUGCAACUGAAGUGGACAAUACCCCGGGUGUAAUGCCCGGUAUUGAAAACUUGAUAGUAAAUCAAUCGGAGAGUGAUAGUUCAGCAGCAUCAAGUCCUAACCAGAACUCGUCACCAUUGGAUGACCAGGAAAAUCCCUGGGUACUAAAUAAUGUGGGGAAUUCUCACCUCAGAGAUAGAGAUCACAACCCUCCUAGCAGGGUUAAUACGGAACAAUAUCCAAUGCGGGCUAGGACACUAUCAGAUGAUAGUACCCGCUCAAAUGAAAAUAGUCAAGAGGAAUCGACGUCGAGUUCCAAUAGUCAGGUUAUAGACACCACCUCGGAGUCCGCUCACGGUAGGAAUCCAAAACCCGGGAUUGAAUCUGGAUCUCAGGAUGUUGAACUCAGAGUUGCUGUAGUUUGAUGGCAUUUAAUAGAGACCUUAAGAUUAACAUUUACGGCAAACGUCAAACCGCUAGCGAAGUUUUUUAUUUUACAACUC